CACAGUCAUGGGUUUGGGUACGUAAUGGCUAAAAAAGGUUUUGCAGGGAAAGGAAGCACAAGUACAACCUGCAUUAGAAACUAUUUCCAUAUUUGUGCAAUAGGAUUGCAAGAACGAGGCAUCUCCAUGCUUCACGGCUGAAGGAUCAUGCUAGAUGAUGACAGAAAACUAUGCAAGAAGUGUUUUGUGUUUAGUGAUGAUCUGAAGAGCAGGAAUGCUCUGUGCAGCUCCUCCUGGCCCAGAUUCCAUGGCACACAUUUGACACUGUUGAUACAGCUCACAGUGCACUGUCAUCUGAUGGAGGUUUAGAACAAACCUGGGCUGCCAGAUACCAUCCCAAACUGCCACAUCAGCAAGGACUGAACCUGGCCAGAGGAUCAAGAAAUAAGAUUUUCUAGGUUCUGGAAAAGUCAGUAUGUUGGAUCAGAUUCAUUGGCUGGCUGCUGUGACAGUCCUGGGAGUCCUGGAGCAAGCCUACUUCUUACUGCAGGUGAUCUAUGCUAGGAGGUUGUUUGGCAUUUCACCUCCAAAGACCUCAGGCCCUCCUGAAUUUGAAAGGAUCUUUCGAGCACAGGUGAACUCCUCUGAGUAUUUCCCCAUCUUCCUGGCAGUUCUGUGGCAGGCUGGACUCUUCUUCCACCAAGGUCUGGCUGCAGCCUUGGGUCUGCUCUAUCUCUACGCCCGCUACUGCUACUUUAUGGGAUACAAGGCAUCAUCCUCAGAAAGACUCGCCCCGAUAUACUUCAGCGCUGGAGUUCUCUGGAUUCUCAUUGCGGUGUCAGCCCUGGGCAUCCUGUGUUUCUUCCUCUCUCACUAUGUGGGGCUGAACAUCUUCCAGCGUCUCACAGCAUGACCCACUCCUCUGUGCUUCGUCACUGUCCUCAUCUCCCAGUCCUGCUCCCUCCUGCUCACCUUAACAGACUGGCUGCAACUCAAUAGCCCUCAAUGAGAAAUCCACCCUCACCCGAGCUUCCAACACCUCCUUCCUCACUACCCAGCACUGGCAGGAGCGACUGAGCACUUUAGGAGGUACUUUUCCCUGCACUUUGUGUGCCAAGUGCUCCACAUCUGGUGGCUCCGCUGGGACUGAUGCAGAAACAACAACCCCAAACAAGGACAUAUAAAAGCAAACUCUUCUCAGUCUGAGUUUCCCAGUGAGUUGCCAAAGGGAAAUGCCAAGUGUUCCCCAUUAUACAACGGCUCUGCCCUCAGCCCAGGCACAGAUUCACGCCAGCUUUCCAAGCCCACACCUAAGGAAGGCAUUUGUUUGGAACCAGAUGUGGGCUGAGACAUAACAAAAGAGGUGACAGAUAAACUGGAGUAGCUACCAACAAGUUGUGCAAAAGUCUGUUGGUGCCCUCCUGCUGGUUAUCAGCCACUGCUGUAAAUCGGACUGUGCAAACUCAUGCCACUGCUGCGUGUGCCACUUCAAACUCAGCCCAGUGACAACAGGCUUAAAUAAAAGGUCACUAAACUUGC